GCUAUCCUCUACUUCGCCGCCGAGGCCGCUCAAUUCUGGAUUCCCUCGGUUCGUCGGUCCGCCUCGGGUACAGGACAUGGCCCACUGGGAACAUCCCCAUGUUCGGCCGCAGGAGAUACGGGGGCACAAUCUUCCAUGCCUGUGGACAAGUCACUCGCGACGGGACUAUUUCUUUUCAGUGGUCUCUGUGUGUUUCUCGCACGAAUCGGUCGUACAUUUUGGCGCAGUCCUUUGUUCCGUGAUGCUAGUGCAGUGACCGGUCUGACUGGUGGUUCGGGUCAGGCGGGCACCGUCGGUUCGAAAGGGCUCAGUUCUUGGAUGCGUCGAUUUGUGCAUACGUUGGCCACGGCCUCACCACUUGGUGCCGGAGGACGCAGUAAACUCCCUUCGGAACAGCCCAUUAUAUCACGCCUGGACCCGGAAGAGAUUGGUUGGUUGAUGCAACAAAUCGCUUAUGCGCAACAAUUUCUUCGUCGUCAAUUGGACGUACGUGGUGGAUGGCUUCGGGCGAAUCAGAUCACUUCCGUGCCUCGAAGCGCUCCACUUCGAAUGGGUUCAGGUGACGGAGUAGAACAUCUGGAUACGGUGUUGCUACAACGUCUUGCUGAGGAACUAGAUCAACUCCUAUCCCUUGUGCUCGAGUUAUUAGGCUUGUGGCGAGUGAUCAGUGAACAUGUGGUACACAGGGUGGUUAGAUGUUUGACCCCGGAUCAACGUCGUUCCAUACUUCAUGUACCGUUCGAAGCUUAUGCCAUUAACCUGCUGGAUUUGGUCUCUCCAGCACGCGCGUUCACCUCGAAUGUAUUGUCCCCUUCACUUCCACCAUCACCCACCGUGUCCCCAACAUUGAUUAAAACACCGGUGCUUUGUGACGUGGACCUGAUCACAGCUCUGAUAAAUGCACUGAUCGAGUACUAUUUGACCGAGGCCAGUCAAGAUGUAGACAGCGGGAUCAAUUUGGACGGGAUCACUUCACGAUUGCAAACAGUCUGCCCCACAUUGUUCGCGAAUGAGGAUGCCAUCAGUGCCAAAGCGAGCGAAUGUCUCAUUCAGGCCAGUUUACUACGCGCUUCUUAUCUUGCUAAUGGUCCUGGUCCAACGGAUGAUGUCAGUAAUUUGACAUCCGAUGAGGCUGUUCAAGUGGAGAUCGAUCAGCUAGUCCAACAGGCCUUAAGCCUGUACACUGAGGCUGGUCCCAGUUUGGAUCUGGAAAACGCUGUCCAACGCCUGGAAGCGGCCGGUGCAUGGCGUGGUGCGAUCGCUCUCUGUCUGACAGUAGCACUCAAACGCGAUCCGGCCAAUGUGGCUGUGGAUUGUCUGAAGACCGGUCGUCGACCUUCUGCCGACCCACCUCUGACAGGUCCGCAAGCCCAACUUGGACGGCGGCUAAAUCCAAGGUGCGCUCGAAGUGGUGCGCUAUCACAAGCUGCGACCACAGAACUGGCGGCAACCGAAGGCCGUUAUGAUGCUUACCAUCGACUCGUCAGUUGUCUGGAGCGUCUGUACGAAUGGUCCCGAAUCGCACCACGUUCGGCCAACUUGGCCACUAAACAGUCACAACCAGGCUCUCCGGAACAGUCGUUACUUCAGUCCGAAGUUGCCCAAACUGUCGGGGGGUUGUCAGCAGUGUACUUGACUCAACCAGAUACCUCUCCGGCAACUGCUCGUAGUGUGCUGCAUGCAGCAUUGCGUGACAUCAUGAAAUCAGACGAUAUUCUGGCGCAUUUCGAGGUAGGUCACUUGUAUAAAGCUCGAUUGGUCGGCGGGAUUGGUCGGUCACGAUCAUAA